UUUCUCACUACUCGAUAACAUGAUACAUGUAACACUUGCAUUCGUCAUAAACAAGCUCUGGUUGCGAGAAAUGCAUUAACUGCAUCAAUAUCAAGUUGUACUCCUCUCAAAUAAGAAUUAGUCUUGUUCCCUUUAGUUAAUGAGGUAGUGGUAAAGAAGAUUUCGUAAUGGACUUUAUUGACCACAAUGUGAAGUUUUAAAACUGUGGCAGAGGGACUUGGAACUACUCUAAUUCCACAGCCACAUCAGAGAUUAUUGUUUAUGGCUGAAGCUGUUCACUGUAGCUUUUGCAAGGCGAUAUUAAAGUCAUAGCCCUGAAGUGGCCGUGUAUUGUGUAAGCAAGACUCGUGUACAAAAUGUACGACCGGGUCGCGUCGAUGCACGUCACAUCAUUUGCACUGUAGCCAAACGAGCAACAACGCGAAGACGAAGACAUGCGUGACGGACGCGACGAAGUAGGACCGAAAAGCUAGCAGAAAGAAUACCGUCAGGGGGCUAGUGCUUGCGAUGCAAACGUCGACGAUAUCCCUGUGAUAUGCAUGAAAACUGACAGAGAUCCCUCUGUAUUUGCAAAUGACUCAGAUCUGACCUAUGUCCUAAAGAAGUGAUAUCGGCUUGCAGGACGGAUCCAACAAGAUCCAUGCCGGGCUUAGUAAGCACAGGUAUCAAGCGCAAACACCAUGCGCUGGACGAAGGUGGGGGGAGUGAUGCCAAGGAGUGCAUCACCAGUUGCUAUGGCGCCCCGGCCCCGUCUCAAGACAAGUGCUCUUCCUACACUAUGCAACGCAAGUGCGUGAUGAACGCCUCCAUCUGCAAGCUCCAGGCCACCUGCAAACUCAUCGACCCGUCACUGCGCCGGUCCGUGCUCAUCCGCAACACUCUGCUGCACAUUGACCAUGAGUUGCGCGCCGAGGGCCGACACCAGGACUCCUUCCAGCUCUCCACGUUCAUAGCCAGCACACAGUCCACGUGCACGGACACAGCUGACAAGGACCGGCUUCCGGGUGCCGAUGCAAACGGCGCCUUCACCUUGGCCAAGGACAACAACAGUAACCACUUCCGAGAUGUACACUCCCGCGAUUGUGCCAAGAUGUUAGUAAAUGGGCACCUGGAUACGAAUAGUCUCUUGAGCAGAACUUCCACCCAUUCUUGUGCUAACACUUCAUCACUGACAUUAUCAACUGCAACCGCAGCAUCGACAACUAUCUCAAACUUUACGACAGUACAAUCAAACGUGCAUUUAACAACAAACAUGGUGCUGCUGAAUUCGGGAAGUCACCCUACGACUCCGAUAGCCAACUCAGAACUCACAAGACUUCCAGCAACCAACCCAGAGAUAUUUGACUUUGGGGAUGAGCUCUUUAGUGACAUUGACAUGUCGCUGUAUGACUUUGACAUUGCCUCACCUGUUGUAUCGAAUCAAAGAGUGUCUCCUGUUACCCCACUGAGCAGCAGCAGCGGCAGCAUCUGCAGCUCCAGCAGUAACUCGGAGGACUGGCUGCGGCCCCUCUCUGGGGACUACACAUUCAGCUCAGAUGUGAGCACAGCAACAACUACAACGACCAGCCAGGGUAGCAAUUGCCGCAGUGACAUUGUGUGCGAUGAGCUUGAUCAGAUUAUGCAUGUCUUAGUGGAUGUGGGAAUGUGAAAGAAAUUUGUGUGUCACAAGAAAAUACCAGCAUGUCAUCAGUUCUCAGAGGUACAUGUACUUCAUGCAAACACCAGCUUUUUUGAUCACCAGGUAAAAGAAAUAAAACACAAUUCUGAAAUAACUAUGCAAAUUCAACAUCUGAUCGCAAUAAGGAAACUCCGAAAUGCAAUAACUUAAAAUAAAUUUUGAUAAAGAGGAAAAUAUUCAUAAUUUCACAUGUGCAUAAAAAAAAAAAGAACAACCCCCAAAUAUGUUUGUGAGAUCCAUAGUAGCCGUUUUCAGAAGUUUUUAUAGUUAGGCCGAUUUUUUUUUUUGGGGGGGGGUCGAUUGUGACCUGAGUAAAAGUGUUGGUGCCACAGGAUCUUUGGCACCACCCACAGCAACUCAAGUGGCAUCAUGACUGGAAUGACUCAGGCCUGAUCAGCAUGGGUGAGCCAGCAACAACACAUCCUACACAGCCAUGUGAGCCUUGCAAUUUCUUGACCUGCAAACAGACAGGUCCCUUGCACAGAAGUCUGGAUUUCUGCCAAGGCCUUUUUUUGGGGGGGGAAACAAAGGCUGAGGUGGCACUGGUUGCAUUUACACAAACGCCACUCAGAAUCUAAUAUAUGUACAUUUACUAGAAGAUCUUUGAAUACAAUACAGCUGGGGUUUGACCCAACAGCUGUAUUCAGUGGAGGGGAAUUUCACCUCACAAUCCAGAGUCCUUGGGGGUUUCUUGAAGAGUGAAAAGUGUUGGGACUCUAACAAAAGAGGUACAGGUAUAUAGUUGUGAAUCGCAGUCAAAAACCCACUGGAUCGCAUUGAGUUUUGGGGUCCUACUGAUGUUUAAGCAAAGUGCAGAAAUUGUAUAUUUUUAAGCUGGUGUACAUGAGGAAGAUGAAGCACCCACUGUACAUGUAUGUAGAAGCACACAUUGGUUGCCAAUAUGUGUACUUUUCGGCACACAUUUGGCUGAAUUCAUGUGCCUGUUAACAUGUACACAUAAAUCCUGUGUACUUUCAAUCUUGAGUCUUUCCAUUUCCAUCACAUUUUCACUGCUCUGUCAGUCACAAUUUUAUUGAUCGUUGGUAUGAUUAUUGGUAUCAUCUGACGACAUGCUGGUACCGGUAGUGUUGUGUCAUUAGAUUGGUUGUAUGUCAUUUUUAAUGUUCAUGCAGGCCUACAUUACAGGUGCCACAGUUUUGUAUCAUCCACUCCCAGUUGUGUUUGGAGACAUGACAGGCAAACUCUUCUUUCAACAUUUUUUUGGGUGGGUGCUGUUAUGGUUGAACUCGGAACCUGACUCCUGCAAGUUGCUGUCAAAUCUAAAAUUCAGAAUAUCUUUUAAAGUUGAUCAACCACACUACAUUAACUUUCACUCUCUUUUGGCCUUUUCGUUUUAACAGAGUUUAGGUGGAAUAAUGGAACAAGUCAUGUGUAUUAUACACAUACGUGUACACUGGAAACGCCAAAUUCUAUGUCCAUUCUAAACAAGAUUUGUGAAGCUUUCUUUGAGUGGAAAGAAAAAUACAUUGACAGUUUUCAGUUAAAAAGUGAAUGUUACGUUUUGAAAAAAACUGAGGCCCCUGUGUGUCUACUGCACAAUACAUACCUAUGUAUUUACACAUGUAGGCCAGCACAUCUGACUGGCAAGACCUUUACAUGUAUGCGACUAUUAUCACGCCAUUGCAUUUAUGAACCGCACAAGUAUGGAUGAGUAAAGGUACAAGACUUCCAAGUAUUUUAAAAGGAUAAGAAGAGGAGUUACAUGUGCCACAUGCAUGUAGAGAGGACUGUUUCAAUGUUUCUUUCAAAGAGUAAUUAUACAAAACGUUGUACAUAUCUAACUGUAAGAGUAACGUCGUAUUUUUUAUUACGGUAUGCAACAGUAUCUUCCAAGUUGCGUUCAAAUAGGCGACUUGAAUUUGGUAAGAAAAGUUUUUAUGAACUAUAGUAAAUUAUGUAAGAUACAGUAAUAUAUUUCUCAGAUAAUUUAACUUAUUAAAAACAAAUGUCUUUUUAUUCUUUGUAGGAAAAAAAGUGCUGCGGAUCAAUCAAUAUCGUGGUCACACUUUUACUUUCUAUGUUAAACAGAAAUUUCAGAAUGAAAAAGAAAGUUGGAUUCAGUCAAAAAUUCCAUGAGAUCUGUUCAGUUGUGAAGUGAUUGUAGAUUUUAGCAUUUGUUUUUAGUACAUUUUAGUUUUGUCGCUGUUUGAUUGAAAUAUGAUGGUAUUAUACAUAUACCACUUCAAUAUGUACAUGUACAUGAACAGUGUGCAUAUGCAUUUGUGUGUGUUAAGUACAUGUACAUUGUACAUGUACGUAUACAUGCAUUACACUGUUGUUGGGUUUAAGCCUUAGCUAUUAAACAAACUGAAAUUUUUGUGACCAAAUUUUCCACUGUAUUCUAACGUGAAAAUCACAACAAAAUAACAAAAAAAGUUUAGGAACAAGGUACAUGAACAUAUACCUAAAUUCAAUUCGGACUCUCCAAGGUGUCUAUAUUUUGUUACAGAAUGGCUGCAUUAAUGUACAUUUGUACAUGUAUCAGACAAGGUUUUCAACAAUUUCUGAUGAUGUGUUAUCAAAGGAUGUGUGUCAUGUCAACAAGUUUCAUUAGAAAUACAUGUAUGAAAAAAAGAACGUGAACCAAAUUGCAUUUUUGUGUACCUCACCCACCAUCAGAAAGUGGCAGUUAAAUUAUGCAAUUUAGCAUUUAAUAUAAAAAGACUCGGAAAAUAUUUGUUUUAGAAUUUAGACUCCACUCACCCCUUUCCAUUUUUUUCUUUACUUUGGAACUCAUUCUCACGAUACUUUGGGUCAUGUCAAAAUAAAAAAUCCUCUCUCUUAUGGAUCCCAUCUCCUUAUUUCAUCGUGCAUAAGAAUGCAUCCCUUCUCAAGUUUUCUUUUUUACCAAUGCACACUUGGAAUGUAUUCUGAUUCACCUGGAAGCCAGAAGUAGUUGGAAGCACAUGUAAAGAAAAAUGAUUUUGUUGCUGAAAAGGAAGUACAUGUACACGUAAAUGGUACCUGACGUGAACAUGAACACCCUCCAUGAGAUCACCAUUCAGCACACUGCAUUACAGUGAUCCAUUGCUUAAAACACAUCUGUGUACAUGUACACAUGUACGCGUACAUGCAGAGGUGACUUUUGACAUGUAUAAUUACACAUGCAUAACUUCGUCUGUGACACAACCCACAAUCUGCUUGCAGUGAUAAACAUGAUUUAUGGAUUGGGUUACUUUUACUCAAGUGAUCGAUUCAGCGUUCAGUAUAGAAACCAUCAAUUGUCUCAUGCUUUGGGUAUCUUCAAAACAUAUUUACACUUAUUGCCGUCAUGAAUUGUUCCUCUGUCCAGAUGUAGGCUUGGAGUUGACUAGGUGGCACUACCAGUAAUUUACACUUUCCAGAACUUCCUGCAUAAAAAGAAUUUCUGUGCUUCCUAGCAUUUCCUAACACAUGUAGACUAGUAGUUGCUGUUGAUCAGUGAUAAAGCUUUCCUAAAAAUGACUUUCACAAUCUCCUUUGUGUUUCCUUAUUGGUUAAGGUUUUGCUUGUGUAGUAAUUUUUCAAUAUCAAGAAUGAAAAGGGGAAAACUAAUUUCAUAACCCAAGAGAUGCUAAUGGAAAAGGAUAAUUUCUUUGAAGAGUGUAAGAAUUUGUCUGUCGGGAGGGAGAUUAUGGCUUUGUUUUUUACCCCUCCAUCCUCAAAGCCUGACAAGGAAGCACAAAUCAUGCUGUCAGGAAUUGGGGGGUUUGUGACCCCUGGGUCGAGCUGGCUUCCGCUUGUUGUCGCCCCUCAGAAAAAGCAGAAGGAAAUUAGGAUUGGCAUGGCAACCUAUUCACUGUCAUUAAGCUCUGGAACUCCCAAGAUCCAGGGAGUUUUUUCCCCCUGGUCUUUAUCUAGUCUGAGAUAAAAUACAUGUAGUAUCUUAAUGAUUACCUAACGUUCGUCGUUACUUCAUAGCUUGGACUUCCUGUUUCUUGUUCAUUAGUAGAACCUGGUUUUUGUUGGAACUUGGAUUUACCUUGAUUCUUGUUCCUUCAUUUGCUUCCAACCUUUUGUGAGACAAUGGUGAACUCUGUGUACUUAUCGUAUCUAGUUCUUUGCUACAAGGUACAAGAUGAAUGUGUAUGAGACUUUGUUCUCCAAAAGUUUCUUUUUUGUGUAUGCAUGGGAAUAUUUCAAAACUAACAAUGAUGUUAGAAAAAAAGAUGAAACAUACUAUUCGUACAUAGUCUGACUAUUGUUUUCAGUAUGUUGGGUAGUUUACUUUUAAAUAAAAAUCCCAGGUUUGGUCAUUAACAUGCACCAAUAUUUUAGAAUGAAGACAAAUCAUUGAAUCAAUGCCUGAUAAGAAUUCUAUUCAGUGAGAUCUUCCUUAGUGACCUUUUGACCUCAAGAAUGUUUGGACAUUCCUAACCAAUGAACAACACUCUCACUAGUCGUAUGCCAUUUGUACACAGUGCACAUGUACACCUACAUGUACAUGUACUUAACAGCCAUUCCCAGGGAUUGCACAUUAAGUAUUCAUUGGCACUGCCAACCCUAACCUUUGUCACCUUUCCCUGAACUGUCAGGUGAGAAAUGCCUGUAGUGAGUGGAAUUAGCAGAACAUCUUUAAUGAGUAUUGGCAGAGGGUAAAUGGUUGAUUAUUAUGAAGACAAAAAUUUACCCAUUAACAUGCACAGGUUAUCAUGCAGGGGUGAAGUUCAGCAUGUUGGUGUCUGAUUCCUCCAUAGUCAUAUUCUAUGCAAACGGUGAAUAAGCAGUUUCUAUAACCCAUCUGAGAUGAACUUGUAAAAUUGCCCACUAAAAACACGAAUUUUGAUUUUUUUCUUUAAGUCAAUAAGAUUCAUAUGCUAGAGCAGAAUCAGACGUUGCAGAAAGAGUAAUUUUGUUUUGUUUUAGAGAUGGGGGACGGUGAUUGAUCAGUAAUUCAUGGGGAUACAUACCUAGUUGUUCCAAUCAGUUUGUCUCUCUUGGUAGUAUAAAUUCAUUGGCAGUGCAUGCCAUUAGCCUGCCAUUCUGAUUAUAAUUUAUGUGUCACUAGUCGUGCUUGACCUGACCAUGUUAGGUACCUGUUUACUGUGCAUAUACUUGCCUACAGGGCUUUGCUGGUGCAACUCCAGUGUACAUGUACAUGUACAUGUAGGCCUACAUACUAGCAGAAUGUCUUGGGUGUCUAACUGGAAAUGGCAUUAUUGUGUGUGAAGAGGGGGAGGGUAUUAUGUACAUGUAGACUGGGUCCAUGGCUGAAUUCGCGGAAAGGAAUUUCAUUUGUAUUUGUAUUACAAUCAGCAGGAAAAAUAAUCUGGGAAUAUUUGGCCACCAUUUCUUUAUUUCAAUUGAAACUGAUUGCCAGUGGUGAAGUCAUUUGGGCAUGCCAUUGGAGAAGAAAACAAUCAUUUACGCAAAUAGGUUGCCUCUUAUCUUUUCUUAAUUACAUGUUGAAUUUGUGGUGAAAUGUAACCGUGGGCAGGCCCAUUGUCAUGACAGGCUAAAACGUGAAACACAGAUUGUGAAAUCAAAUUGAGAAGAAAUCAAUACUGUGAUACUUUUUAAUCAGUGACACAGUGAAUUCAUCUACCUAUCAAACAUGUACAUAUACAUGUUCAUGUACAUGUUACAGGCAUAUCAGGACAACUUGUAUCUUUCCCCAUUCAAUUCUUGUAGUGGAACCUAUAGUCACUGAAUAUUAAUCCAGUAAGUGAAGAAUAUCGGUUGCCACCAAAACCUCUUACAUUUGGGGUACAGUAUACUGUAUAAGUGCUUUUUUAUCCCUUCCAAAAAUUUGUUUCAACAAGGACAUUGCAAGUUCUUUUAAUGUGCACUAUAUUAAAAAAGAUUUCUCCUAUACAGUUUGUUUUUAAUACAUGGAACGUUUUUGUAGUGUUUUAUAGCAUUGAUUUGUCAGGUUUCUGUAUACCAAAAUUUAAUGGUACCACUGGAAAAUUUGUUUUUCAGUUUAAUUAUUGUCCAAAAAGGCUGCAGCUAGUUUGUGUGUCAAAAAGAUUGUGUGCGUGUUUGUGGUGGUGUAGGAGGUCAGGGGUCAAAGGGAGAGACCUACAUGUAGUGUACAACAUGCUGUUAAUGUUUGCCCCGCUGGGAAAGUACAUGUAACUGCCUCACCCUUUUUUCUUCCCUGACCAGUUCCUCAAAUCGCAUUCCGAAUUAACGACAAUUGUUUAAAAGCCCAUCUGUACAGUUUGUAUUGCAUAUUGCUGAGAUGUACCCUAUGUACAUGUAUCUUGAAAUGCCAAUGAUAAAAAGCCAUCGUCUAAUUAAUUUAUGAUUGUCUGCAUUAAGCAGUUUCAUUCAAUCAUUAAUUUAUUUUGUUAAGACUAUACAGUGUUGUUUUUUUUAUUAUUUGUAAAUUAUUUGUGUACAUACAGUGCUUAUGUUUCCUUUAAGGCUUUGCUGUAGCUGUUUACUGCUUUAUUUAUAUUUGCAUUUGUGAGAGAAAGCCAGAAUGAGUGAGUGCUGAUCAUUUGCCUGAUUAUGAUGUACACGUAGUGAUAUUGCUUUUGAGUCUGGCUGGGGUAUAGUGUACUUUAUUCAGGGUAUUUGUCACAAAGUGUUCUGUGAUUGUAGCCGGUGUCACACUGCCCAGAUUGCUCACAGGAUCAGCUCUGUGCUUUGGGCCUAGAUCACUGUUGUGUACCCCAUUCACUGUUGUGUGGAGGUAUAGUCAAGGCAAUAACCAAGGCCUGCGACUGACCUUGCCCACCGAUGCGCUUGACCUUUACCUUAACUGUCAGUUCACUGGACCCUGACCUGUGUAUUUGUUCAUUGGAGUGCAAUUUCAUUCAAGGGAAAAACAUCCAUGCACUCACUACAGUAGUAGAAAAGUACACCGUCUCUCUGCACUUUGUGGGAUUCCACACAGCCCCAGCGUGCUGUCUUGUAGAAUGUGAAAUGUAAAGCCGGGUGAUUUUGCAGCAUGUCCCAGCCACAGUUGGCCAGAUGCAUCACAGAUAGUAGCAGUCCCCAUAGGGCAGAGCCACAUUGGCUUCCACGAAGUGGCAUAAGGAGGAAUAAUGUGCAUGGGAAAUGAAUGUACCACCACUGUUCCGCGCUCGGCCGUGGGGGAAUCAGUCCGUGUUGAAUAGGGUUCACAGAUUUCCAGGAACAGUUAAAGAGGUCCUGGAAAGUCUCUGUUUGUUGGGUUGCUUGUGUUGGCGCAUGUGUGGGCCCAUGUGUGGCAGUUGUUUGCUAUGCAUAAGUACACGUAGCACUUUUAAAGAAUUUGAGCAAAUGUCUGGUUUGGAUACUGUAGUUUUGAGUGGAGGAAAAAGUUCAGGUAAAAGAAUUUACCAGAAUGUGUGAAUUGCAGUUUUAUAUCUUGUUUUGGUCAUGUUAUCGUGAAAAUAGGCUUACAUGUUAUUCUGAUGCAUUUGAGUUGCAUGGUGUAGGAAAGAUUAUUUGGAAGUAAACAUGGCCUAGUAAUUAGUGAACAACAUUUCAAAAUUGAAAGAAACAUUACUAUGAACUUAAACUGCUGAAUCCUAAACUCAAAAGCUAUAUUAAUGCAGGCUUUGUGGAUGUAAAGAGGCAGGGAUGAGGAAAGUAAUAUAUGAGUAGAAUUUUUAAAC